GUAAUCAUUUACGAAUCGAAGGGACAGUUUAAGUCAAACCCGAUAGUUACUGCACAGAUCCAUUUCAAGAUGGUUUUAGAAACUAUUUCGAGGAUAAUAAAAAUUCAGCUUCCAGCAUACCUUAAGAAACUUCCUCUUCCGGAAACGAUCGGUGGAUUUGUAAGGUUAACAGUGUCCGAAUGGCUGCGGUUGCUGCCUCUUCUUGGCAUCUUGGCUCUGCUGGGCUACAUGACCAUUCGGCCCUUCUUUCCCAAGAAGAAGAAGCAAAGAGACUGUCUGAUCAACCUGAAGAUUCAGAAGGAGAAUCCCAAAGUGGUUAACGAGAUAGAUAUUGAGGACCUCAACAGUGCAAACGUGUGCUACUGCCGCUGUUGGCGCUCUAAAACCUUUCCUGUUUGUGACAAGUCACACUUAAAGCACAACGAACUGACUGGAGACAAUGUGGGACCGCUCAUACUCAAGAAGAAGAUCCUAUAAUACAUAGACCAUCUACUGGGAGAUAACACUUUCCCUCAGUAUUCAUUUAUUUACACUCUGUAAUCCAUUUUUAUUUGCACAUGCAAGUAAGAAAUGUAGUUUCAUACAGUCAUCCCGAUGUGUUGACAGUGGAAUGGUUUGCCUUUUUGUGUGGUUUCCGCAGUCUCAUUUACAUAUUUGUAAAUUAGAUUUUAGUCUCUAAAUGAGCCUCUCUAAAGGAUCAAUAAAUCAUUUGAGACCAUUUUGAGUGUACAACACAAAUGUAGCAACUUGCUUUUUAAGGCUUUAAGCACUAUAAACAUCCUAGGAAAACAAUUCCCUUCUAUUAAAUGUUACGGAAAACCCUUAUGUCAAAUGUAUGAACUUAUUUUAUGGCAUGCUGCCAGGUUUUUUUUUUUUUUUGUAACUUGCCAUUCCGUUAUUGUUUCUGUGUAACAAAUUUAAACUAUUACAGUAUGAAAAAUUAAACUUAAGUUAUUUUGGAGACUGCUUGCAACAGUUUUGACGCACCUGCUGAUUUUAACACAAUCAUUUCAACCGGUUUUACAAAGCCUUAUUGAGUUACAUUUAGUUAUUUUUGGCCUCUUUUUAUGCUGUGUCUGUAAAUACUUCAUUUCUUUCUUUAGUGAUUACUAAUAUAACAAUAUUUUGCAUAAAUGUAUACAUAAUCACUUUUGUAUAUUCAUGUUUCCUGGGUCAUUUAAAUUCAUUUAUUCUAUUUUAAACAUCCAUGAACAUACAUAGUCACAGUAAUGUUUGAGCUAUAUUCUAGCCCCAAAAUACAGUAGGAGACAAAGUGUUAAAGCCAGGGGUCUCCGAACUAUUCCACAUAGGGCCGCAGUGGGUGCAGGAUUUCGUUCCAACAAAAAAAGACACCUUUUAACUGGCCGGUUAGGAGACCCCUGACUUUAGACAAAAUCCGUACUGAAUUCUAAGGCUAGUCCAAUUUUUGCUGUUUUUCUCCAAUGUCAACUAUUGGGUCGGGUCACAUUACUUAUAAUUGGCACCUAACUUUUUUUUUUUUUUAAGCUAAAAAAUUCUAAACAUGAAGAACUAAACGAGAGCCAACGUUACAAAAAACACACUUUAUUAAAGAAUGUUUUGUUAAUUGGGGGAAAAAAAAUCUUUCAUAUAUUUUAAUUAAAACACUAAUACUGCAACAUCUCCAAAUCCCUUAAAGGUACUGUACGGAAUUUUUAGAGUUAAUUCAAAAUACUUUUCUACUCAAUACAUGUUCCACCAAUGCCCUGAUGAGAACCCAGAACCCUGACAUUCUAACUGAGACUGCCCCAAAAAGCCAUUUUUCUCCUCUUUAACAGAGAGUGUUCGCUGCAAACUAUUUGGGCGAACACGUGCUAAUGCACGUCCACAUGCGUCCCAGUGGCAGCAGCACUGUUUCAUCGAGCCUCCACCUAGUCUCCACUUGCCAAAAACUCUUUACUAACCCACUUAGGACUUGCUACUAACAGUAAAUAAUCCUAUUUGCUGUUUUUACAUUUCUGGUACUGAUUUGAUGGGCCAAACACUCGUUGUUUCAUGUUCGUGCUCGUAUAAGCGUGCACGCCAUGCAUGAUCUUAACACAGGCUGCAACUGCGCUUUAGGCUGGAAGUUACAGUCGCGAGUAACAAAGUAACUAACUCCAUAUAGCACCUUUAAUUUACCGGAACACACAUUUUUGUAAUAAAUAAAAGUAACAAAAUGUAAUAAAAAUAACUAAUAAAAGAUGUUUCUAUGACUGAAUAUAGUUCAAUUUCAAAGAAAAGAAAAAUAUGUGGAUUACCCUAUAUACAUUUUCCUGAGUUUUUAUACAUUUUGAUAAAAAAUAGGACUUAAAAUGUGUCAAACAUAAUAAGUUCAUUAAAAAAAAAAAAAAAUACUGCUCGGUUCCAGUAUUACCAUGAGUGAUAUUCCCUUAUUUCAAAGUUCCCCUUCCAUCAUGACAUUAAAAGUAAAUAAAUAAGCUAUUAUGUUCUUUCAUCGGGUUAUGUCAUGCACAUUUUUACAUUAAUGCCCUCAACCUUUGUUAUCCAGGGUAACCUUAAACAUUAUAGAUAUUGUUAGGUAUUGUUGUAAAUUACAAACAUGCAUUUACAUAUAUCAGUUGGCUUAGUUUGGCAGGUGAUGUAAUGGUUUGCACAUGAUGGCAGCCAUGAACCAUGUCAUUUAUCAGUCUGAGACAAUUAGGCGCUUUGCAAAGUGGGCAGAUACUUUGAGGUAAAGACCAUGAUCCUACGUCAAAUCGUUGCUGAUUUCAAAUGCACUUAAUUAAAGAGACAUCUGAAUUUCAACGAUAUUGCAAUUACCGUAUUUUCCAGAGUACAAGUCUUACAGGCCAAAAAAAAAGCAUAAUAAUGAUUAAAAGAAUAUAUUUAAUACCGGCGUAUAAGUGUCCUUUUUGGGGAGAAUUUACUUUUAACAAAUCCAACCCCAAGAACCUAAAACAAAUGUGGCGAAUGAUGCGGGGAUGAAGUAUGGAGACACUGGCCUCUACUUUCACAGGCUGCUCUCGUGUCUUAUACACUG